AGGUCACGUGUCCACAGGCCCGAGUUAUGAAGUGUUUUAUGCUUUUAAAGUUGGGAAAAAUAACCAGCUUGUGAUUUUUUUAUACACUAAAUAUUUUUAUGAGUUUAUAAAAGAUAAAGGAAGAAAACAAAACAAUCAAUCAAUUAAUCCAGAGGUUCACGAUACACUUUCAGUUGUGUGCUUUUGUCUGCUGUUUUAUUGUCAAAAUCCUCCUGAACUGCAGGAAGUUUUAUAAAACCGUGUUUUCAGUGUCCAUGCAGCUCGGUAAAUAAACCCAGAAGACAGGGACGUGACUUCUACCCUGUUACUGAUAUGAGAUCUGUAGACCUUUUGCUGAUCUGUUGCUCAGUGGCUUCUCUGUGGAGACGCUCAUCCCUGGCAUCUCCUCCUAAAAUCCUGGGUGUGGCCGUGAAAGCUCGAAGCGAGACCCUGCUCACGUUGGAGUGGAGUAAAGCGAAAGAUUUCAGCUACAUUUUGGGAUACGGUAAUGGAACGGAAACUCCACUUACCGUCUCGGCUGAAGGGUCCGUGGUGAGAUACACGGUCUCUUCUCUGUCUCCUGGAACCAAGUACAGCUUUGUCUUGUACGCCGUGUUUAAAGGAGUAAGGCAGAGCGCUUUCAACUUCACUGCUGUCACGAGUCCUUCGAACGUCGCCAACGUGUCGGUAAAGGCUCGCUCGGAGACGGCGAUCACGUUCGAAUGGAGAAAGGUGAACAGCAAUAACGCGUUUCUUUAUGUGCUGAAGAGCGACAGGUCCGAAUCGUACACGCCCAUGUACUGGGGAGGAGCUACAGCAACACAUACUGUAACAUCUCUCAGCCCUGGGAACAAAUACAACUUCACUCUUUACACACUGUUUGGUGGAGAGAGGAGCAGCGGCUACAACUUCUCAGCAGUAACCAUGCCUCCCAACGUGGCUAAAGUUCAUGUGAUGCAGCAACACGCAGACGCGUUAGAACUUUCCUGGGAAGAGGUGAAGAGCAGAAACAUCAGCUACAUCCUGAGACACAGCAGCAAGUACGAGACCACAAUUCCAGCCUUGGAGAUGGACUCUGUGAUGACGCAUACCGUCUCAUCGCUCUCUCCUGGAACCAGAUACAUCUUCACUCUCUAUACUGUGUAUGAAGGUGUGAGGAGCAGAGGCCUGACCUUCACAUCCAUCACAGCGUCUGUGACCGUCACCGGUCUGCGUUGUGAGCGUAUCUCUGGAGGACACGCCCUGGUCGUGAUUUGGGACGCUCCAUCCGGACAGUGGACAGGAGUAGAAGUGCAGAUGAAUGGAAGAAACUCUCGGUACCUGAACGGAACCAGACUCAAGUUUGACGAUCUUCAUCCUGCCUUCUGGUACGACGUGACGCUGAAAUUAGUUUCAGGAACCGUGAGGAGCGUUCCGGCUACGAUCAGGUGCCAGACGGAUCCCAGAGGAGUGAUCGCAGGAGUCGUGUUGGUUCUCCUGUUCCUGCUCUUCUUUAUUUGUCUUGGACUCGUGAACCACAGGAGGUCCGUCCUCGACAGAAAAACUCACUCACGAAGCGAUCAAACGUCCAGUGGAAGAGCAGAAGAAGGUGCGAUUGAUGCACCUGCUCGGGUAAAAGCUCAGUCCUCGGACCCCGAGAAGCCCCCGGAACCAAGAGUGAACAAGAAGAGAAAAGAACAACCCGUCUACGUGAACCCUUACGCCACUCCCUGAGUUCUACGAGAUCAGAACCGGAUACAUUUCACUUUUUAUUCCACGUGUAAACGUGAUUUUGCCCUCAAGAAUAGACGUGUAAGAUUCUGUUGUUUUCUGUAUUUUUAAAACAUUGACAAUAAACGCUUUGGGUGCUGAUGUCAAAAGAA